UUAUAAGACGUUCCUCUGGUAACCACGCAAGACAAUGCACUGCCUCAUCUUGGCAGGCAGGUGACUGCAUUUCUGAAUCAACAGUUUCCAGACCAUUGGAAUGGCAGAGGUGGUCCGGUUGCUAGGCCAGCGAUAUCACCGGAUCUUUCGCCUUUGGACUAAUUUCUCUGCAGUCACAUGAAAUCUGUGGUGUAUGCCGUCAAGUCAAACGGUAGGGCUGAGACGAAGAAUUGUGUAAUGGAUUCCGAUGCUAACAUCAAUUACACGAAGGGCUCAACUGUGCGUCGACAAUCAGAGUGGACAUUUCGAGUCACGUAAAUAAUAAUGGUCUGCCAGCCUCGUUAAUAUAUCGCACGCCAUGCAGUGUGCUGUUGUCAAAGUAUUCCUGCGUCUGCGUUCAACUCAGUUCAGUCCAUUAGCACACAACUUGCUUGAUGUUGGGAUGCGCGCAAGAUCCCAUUCGCCAUUGGCUUCUACCAGACACGAAGCUCCUACUGUUGAUGCACUGUUGUCUUGGAAACGUCUUUCGUGGUGGCUGCAGACGGUUAUGAAACUGUGGCGUGUUAUCAGGCCUCAGCAGGAUCGCAGGGGCACUGACUCACCAAAACAAGUUUCAGAUGUCGGCAAACGCGUCUCUUCAAGCCCAACGACGUCGGUUGAUUCUGGACAACAAAGUGGGCUUGGGAGUCGAUCUCAGAGCGCGGAAGAGUUGUUUGGUGUCUCAGUCAAAAAGGAUGGCUCUACCCUUGGUAUAUCUGAAGCCGUGGACUGUGCACCAGACAUGUUUUCGUCGUUAAAACUUUCGAAUAUCAGAGCCAGAUCCAAGAACAAUCCCAACAGUGGUUUUUCCUCGUCUCAUCAAGACUUAGCUGCUGGCAAUGUACUGAGGUCCAAGCCUCCCAGAAACACACAGCCGUCUACCAGGAAAUUAUCCAAAUGUGCAGGGGACAAGGGUUUGUGCCCCAGUAUCAGCAGCUUGCGUCCAAGUGGUGUUGUACAGCGCUGCGAUGCUCUGUGUGCAGGGGACCGCAUGGUAGCCGUCAAUGGCAUCAGCUCAAAUCGCCUUAACCACGACGAGAUUGUGACCCUGCUGAAGGGAGUCGAGGACAAAGCAGUUCUAGAACCGGAGACCCCCCAGCCCAAAUUCCCAUCAGACAGCUCCUUAUACGUGUGUCCGAAAGUGACGAACGUGACAAUAGAGCGAGAAGCCGGUAGUCUGGGGUUCACUUUGCGAGGAGGAGUUCAUCCGGACCCUCUCCUGUCACGGCCUCUUGUGGUAACUUGUGUCCACCCUGGGGGACCUGCAGAUAGGGAAGGUUCCUUGAAGAGUGGUGAUCGUCUAGUGGCAGUGGAUGGGCAGUCUCUGCACUGCGCUAACUUAGCAGAUGCUCAAACUCUUCUCCACCAGUCAGACUCUAAGUUUACUGUGUUGACAAUUGAAUAUGAUGUGAGCGUGCUGGAGUCGGUUCGUCAGGCGAUAGGUCCGUUACUGGUGGAGAUUGACAGGCCGCCCGUGAAAGACCUGGGUGUCACUUUGACCAGUGCCAUCUCAAGGCAAGAAGGGGAGACUUCAACUGUAAUUGUUAUAGAGAGCAUCAAACCUGCAAGCGUAGCAGAAAGGUGUGGCGCUCUGCACGUGGGUGAUCAAAUCCUAGCAAUCAAUGAGACACGCAUAGAUGGGUCAACCAUGACUGCCGUAGAAGUGAUGCAGCUGCUAAGAAAUAUUAAUAAUGCUCAAAUUACUCUGGAGAUUCUGCCACUCUCGCAGUUGAACUGUGGCUGGAGACUGUCUGAGGACAGUGUCCGUAGCAGAGGUUUUCUUGGGCCAAAGUGCAGUACGACAGGCCUCCAUUCCCCUAGCCCAAGUCCAUCAGGUUUUAGCACACUCAAUUCAUGCCGUCAUCGUAGCAGACACCACAGUCAUCGUUAUCAUCCACGGCUCAAUAGGUUGGGCAAGGCGGAGAGUAAUAGCACCAGCUGCCAUGACACAGCAUCUCUUCCUGGGAGCUACACGGGUGGUGUGUUAUGCCACGCUGAGACCCUUCACGUUACCCUACAGCCUGAUCAUAAUGGGUAUGGGCUGACUGUAACGAGUUCAGUAGACUCCAAACCUCCACCUAUUGUCAUCGGCAGCAUUGAGCCAGGGGGACCGGCCGAUAGAUGCGGUUGUCUUCAAUCUGGUGAUCGGAUUUUGGCAGUCAACAACAAAUCGGUAGCAUUGGAUGGUCUGUGUGCAAAUGAAGUCGCACAGCUCUUACUUUGUGCUGAUAGUGAAGCCUUGAUGACUCUUCAUGUGGAGUUUGAUGUUGCUGAUGCAGUUGUUCCAUCUAGUGGCAUUUUUUCUGUGAAACUUGCAAGACGAGGCAGUGGACUUGGUAUCACAAUUACAGCUUCAAAAUCCCGCCAGUUAGGAGAACCUCUUCUGAUUUCUGAUAUCCGCCGAGGCUCUGUGGCUCAUCGGACCGGAACUCUGCAACCUGGGGACAAAUUGCUGGCCAUUGAUAGCCUCAGACUGGAUCAGUGCUCAUUGGAAGAUACUCAGCAGAUUUUGCAGGAAUCUUCAGAUAUUGUUACACUCAGGAUACAAAAGGAUGAUACAUUCCCAGAUGUUCCAGACAGCUGCAGUGUAGUAUACACUGUAGAGCUUGCGAGGCUUGGAGGUCCUCUGGGAAUAACAAUUGCUGGUUCAGAAGAGCCGUUUGAACCAAUAACAAUAUCAGGUCUUACACAAGGUGGUUUGGCAGAACAGACAGGUGCACUUCAUGUGGGAGACAGGCUACUGGCAAUUAAUGGAGAAUCUCUCAGAGGGAAACCACUUUCAGAGGCAAUAGCUUUGUUGCAGAGUUCUGGAGACACUGUCACCCUCAAGAUAGCCAGAACUGUAACAAAACCUGUGUCAGAUAGCUGCGAGAACACAGUACUUUCUGCUGGUCAGUUUGGUCCAGCUCUGCCAUCUGUUGACAGUGCAGUAGAAUCAUGGGAUAGUUCAGUUUUGGAACAGUCUGCUCCUAGCAAUAACACCUCACCAGAAUGCAGUCAUCCACUUCAGCAGCACCAGCAGCUUUCUGUGGCAGAAAUGUACAAGUCAGAGAGUGCAACUGUUAAAAGGAAGCAUAAAGUGGGGUUGGAAGGUCAGUUGUCAGCAAGCAGCCAGAUUUGGGACAACAUUUCCCACAGCUGUCAUAGCAUUGACAGUGGACAGUCUGGAGCUGUGUCUGAUGAGGAGAAGGACAAGUCACCACCAGUUGAUGAUGAAGCGCCAUCUACUAAACAAGUCCUUGGUGCUGGCACCAUGAGGUCAGGAGAGUCGUCACUGCCUUGUGCAGACAUCAUGUUCUCAGGCAAUCCUGUUCCUUCGGUGGGUCAGAACCCUUCACCUCUCCCACUUCCACACUAUCUUUGCAACAACACGCUUCCUCAUAGACGACAGUAUGUUGGUUCAGAAGACCCCACAUUGCUUGGUAUGAACUACGGUGCUGAUACGAGGGGUAAUGUCUAUGUGAAUGAUGCAUAUGGUUGUAGUUUAUAUACCCAUGUCACCCCUGGAUCUCAACACUUGGAACUCCAUCAGGUGACACUGUUCAAAGAUCCUGUGUAUGAAGAUUUUGGAUUUAGUGUGUCUGAUGGCCUUUAUGAACGAGGAGUGUACAUAAACAGAAUUCGAAAGGGUGGACCUGCAGACAUGAGUGCAGUAUUGCGACCAUAUGAUCGUAUUCUGCAGGUAAAUGAGACACGAACCCAUGACUUUGACUGUUGUCUCACAGUGCCUCUCAUAGCCUCAGCAGGUGAAAAACUGGAGCUUACUGUUGCAAGAAACAGUGUCUUUUUAGCAGAUAAUGAGGUGAGUAGCUUGUAACUUCACAAAGGAUCCUCAAAUAUCCUUGUGUGGUAUUGGCUGUGAUCAACUUAACUUUGCUGUCAACUUCAUUUUAUUAUCUACUUUCUUGAUAGGUUAUUAACGCAAAAUAUUAUCUAAAUGUGAUAUGUGUGCUGGUUUGAAGUCUUGAUUUAGCUUACUUCCCUUGUGUUGUGGUAUUAUGUCCAUGAGUCAACCCCAAAAUAUUUGAACCAGUUGUUUACAGACUUUAAUUAAAUUUAGUGUGACUAGAUCAUUACAAAAUAUAAAACUUUUCUUAAGAUAAUAGUUUUUGUAAGUUUUAAAACAACAUGUAGCCAUGCAAAAUCAAUAUUUAUUUUUCAUUUUGGUUGUGAAAGCUAAUGAACCACUCCCACAAAUUUUGUAUGGAACCCUUCUGUGUGUUAAUUGAUGCAAACAGUGUAAAUCUUGGGUUAUAUCUGACAUGUGGCAUAGUCAGAAUUUGUAUUAGUGGAAAUUGCAGGCAUACACAGAUAACAUGUUUUAUAAUUAUUAACUUGCAGCUGUGGCAUAAACUGAAGCAGCUGAAGGAAAAUGUACAUCCAGAGUUUUUCCCAAAGUUGUUCUUAUGAUUUAAAGUGAUUAAAAUUAUAACUUUUAUAAAUGAGUCUUGGUUUUACUUCAUUGAAAAAUGUCUGAGUCAGAAUAAAAACUGCAGAUCUUAUUAACAAGACAGGUAUAUUUUAAGAUGGCUGUCUUCUGGGUUACGCCAUGUAAUCUGGUAGAAGUUUGCCAGCGUUUCAGAGGUCCUUGCCGCCUACAUCAUCAGGGUAAUGACUCAUCACCGUGUUGAUGGAGAUAGCAAGGACCUCUGAAAUGUCAGUAAACUUCUACCAGACUACACGGCGCAACAGCCCAGAAGACAGACAUCUUUAGACUCACCGCCAUGAAAACCUCAAAUCCUACUAAGACAGGUGUACUU